UGUUUCUCUCUAGCAUGUUGCAGUUGUAACAAGUUGUAGUCUGCUCGUCUGUUUUGUUGUAUUUGUUUUUGAUAGGGUUAGAAAAAUUUGGUUCACUGAAAUUUAGUAGAAAUAAUUAGGAUUUGGUAUUUGGACAAACAUUUAGCAAUAUAAAGUUUAUCUUAUUUAUAUCAUGCGAUGUAUUCAAUUUUCUUCUCGUAAAAUAAAAGCAUAAACUGUCUAUAGGAGAUUUAGCAUUAUUAUUAUUCUGCGAUUUCUGAUCCGCAAGCUCUUCAAUUUUCAAUAUUACAUAAGAACUAAAACGUUAUGUAAGUUAUAUAUUUCUUGUUUUUGAAGGUCACUAACUAACAACAAACUUUGAUCAAUUUGCUUGUGGUUAUAAAUAGCAAUAUUGUAACGGCAAUGAUAGUAGAAACGUGGUGGGCAACUUGUUGAAGCGGCACAAUAUUUAUAUUCUCUACUCCAAUAUUUCAUUUUACUUUGUACUGUAAGGUAUUCAACUGUAACACUAGAACCUUUAUGACUUAAUCUGAAUAAUGUACAUAGACUAUACCGUAAUGUUUUUAGAUAAACUUUUACCAGAAAAGAGUAUAAAUUACCCACAAAGUUCUCAGAAAAUGUAAAAAUAUAACUUUGGCCUAAAAUAGUUUAAUUGUUAUGUCCAGUGAAUAACUGACUAACUUGAGUGGAAAGUGUAUUACAAAGUGAAUAGGACAAGUUACAUUAAAUCAUUUUAAGUGAAAAUUGUACGAGACUAUAGUUGUAAAUUAGAAAAAUAUGGCAAUUCAAAAGUCAAUUCUUAGAUCAGGAUUGUCAUUUCUGUCAUCUUGUGAAAGAAGAUUACUUUCUAGAGAAACUGGAGUUAUUACAUCAAAAUGUUCAAUGCAGUGCCACACCAAAGUUCUUUCUCGGAUAAAGCAAUUAGAGGAUCAAACGACAGUAUCUCCAAAUCUGACUGAUACCUUUGGCCGGCAACAUACCUACUUGAGGAUCUCUUUGACAGAACGUUGUAAUUUGAGGUGUCAAUAUUGUAUGCCAGAAGAUGGAGUUCAACUCACAAAUAAGUCCCAUUUACUGACCACUGAUGAACUCAUCAAAUUGGCAGAUCUGUUUGUAAGGCAAGGAGUGAAUAAGAUACGACUUACAGGAGGAGAGCCCACCGUUCAUAAGGAUAUUAUUAAUAUAACAAAAAGACUUCGCAGUCUAGAUGGGUUAGACUCAAUUGCUAUCACUACGAACGGCAUCACCCUGACUCAUCACUUGGUGGAGCUGCAGAGAGCUGGCAUCGAUCACAUCAACAUCAGUCUGGACACUCUGAACCCCGACAGAUACGAAAAGGUGACCCGCAGAUCCCACAGAGGGUGGAAGAGAGUCAUUGCUGGCAUUGACCUGGCUAUUCAGCUAGGCUAUUCGCCUGUCAAGGUGAAUUGUGUGGUAAUGCGCGGUUUCAAUGAAGAUGAGAUUGUGGAUUUCGUGUCUUUCACCGAGGAUCGAGCAGUGGAUGUGAGAUUCAUUGAGUAUAUGCCAUUCACGGGCAACAAGUGGUGUGACACCAAGAUGUUCUCUUACAAAGAAAUGCUCGAUGUCAUAACAAAUAAGUUUCCCACUCUCGAAACUAUGGAAAACCAUCCUAACGACACUUCAAAAGCUUACAAGGUACCGGGCUUCAAGGGACAAAUCGGAUUCAUCACUUCAAUGAGCAACCACUUUUGUGGAACUUGUAAUAGGCUCAGACUCAUGGCUGAUGGCAGUUUGAAAGUUUGUCUCUUUGGAAACGCAGAGAUUUCUUUGAGAGAUGCACUGAGAAGUGGUUGCAGUGAGGAUGAUCUAUUAGCACUGAUAGGAGCGGCUGUCAAACGGAAAAAGAAGCAACAUGCAGGUAUGAUGAAUCUUUCUCAAAUGCCAAACCGUCCAAUGAUCCUUAUUGGUGGAUAAAACUUGAAAAAUAUCAUCUCGCUGAACUGUUAUGGAACUCUUUCAAUCUUUUGAGCACUUUUCUAUUGAAAGUUUUCAAUAAAAAACUACGGACUAAUAUAUGGCUGAAUUACAAAAUAAAUCCAUAGAUAAUAAUAACAUUUUAAUUCGAACAAAAUUUUAAUAAGAAAUAAUUGUAUGAGAUACAUGAUUAUUGUUAAUAUAACAAAAUAUUUUUAUAGCAUUUAUUUUCUAUACAUAGAUGUUGACAUCAAUAAGUUAUUUUAUAUUCUUAGAAGUUUAUUACAAACAUUUUGUACAGGGGUGAAAUGGAACAUGUUUAAUUGUUAUUAAAAUGACACUUUUAUAUUAAA